UGACUGGCCAGCCUUAAAUCCAGUUAACGCUGUUUUGAAUGUGCUGCUGUAAACCAGAUUUAAAAGGGCUUUCCCUGUUAAUUUGCAGCUCAUUGUGCCUCUUGUUUCAGGGGGAAGAAGAGCUGAUUUAGUGAUCUAAAUGGACGCAAUACUGAAUUACAGAUUGGAGGAUACGGAAGAUUACUACAUGUUACUGGGAUGUGAUGAACUGGCUUCGGUUGAACAAAUCCUGGCAGAAUUUAAGGUCAGAGCCCUAGAAUGUCAUCCUGACAAACAUCCAGAAAACUCCAAAGCUGUGGAGACUUUUCAGAAACUGCAGAAGGCAAAGGAGGUUCUGACUAAUGAAGAGAGUCGAGCCCGCUAUGACCACUGGCGAAGGAGCCAAAUAACGAUGCCAUUCCAGCAGUGGGAAACUUUGAGUGACUCAGUGAAAAUGUCAAUGCACUGGGCUGUCAAAGGUAAAAAGGAUCUAAUGCUGAAAGAAUCUGACCAGACUCAUACCAACAAGUUUGAAAACGAGGAAUGGAAUGAGCAAAGAGAAAUAAAGAAGGAAGAGCUGGGUUCAACCACAGAGAAAAUCGAGCAAAAAGAAUCCGAGUCCCUGGAGAAGUCAUUCUCCCCACAAAAUCCAGAUUCUUCAAGUAAGUCAUCUCAUAUAGCUUUGCAGAACAGAGGAGGUCUGAGUCUUGCCAAGGUUUUUCAGAUGCGAACUGUUGGCACCUUCGUUUUCGCUGGUCUGGGAAUGUUCCUUCAGAACUCCUGAGGAAAUUCAGAAACUAUGAAAUAUGAAAUGUCUGCACUCUGUAGGAGAGAAAGCAAACAAGAUUAUCUCCUGUGCUUCCAACAUAGUCUUUGUUCACAUCUUAAAAAUGUCAUGUUUAUGUGUCAUGUUAGUGAGUCCUGAGUACCGACUGAUUUCUCCAUCUUUGAACCCAUUCUCUCAAUGUUUUUCAAAUGAGAAAAAUUUCAGAAGACAAGUUUCUAUGUGUGUUUUCCUCUUUAUGUUAUUUAUAGAAAUCCAUUUAAAAAAUUGAUCUCUGGGGUGGAGGGGGGAGGUAGACAGGGUAAGGGGGUCAAAUAUAUGGAGGUAAGAAAAGGACGAAGUGGAUAAAGAGGAUCAAAUAUAUGGUAGCUGAAGGAAACUGGGCUUUGGGUGGUAAACAUACAAUAGAAUAUACAGAUGUCAAAUUAUAAUGUACACCUGAAAAUUAUAGAAUUGUAUUAAUCAAUGUUACCCCAAUAAACUUAAUUUAAAAAAUCGAUCUCUAUAUUUAAAUAUUUCGUUGCUAUAUGAUGAUCUCUAUUAGUGCUGGAUGUAUAAGAAAUGUUUUCUGACUCUGGACUUGAAAUGUUAAGUUACUUGUCUAAACCCCACAGAA